AUGUCAAAGCCGCAGUCAAGUCUCCCCAGGGCCGCGUUGGUCGGCAUGUACAGGCAAGCGAAAGAGCAAGCCCGUCCAGAGCGGCCAGAUCCGCGGAAGGACAUAGAUGCGGACAGGAAAACAGGGGCGGACGGCGCAAAGCUGCCGCCUCAGCUCAUGCCGCAAAAUAUGAAGGAGACGAAGCAGGCGAGGAGAAAGGAAGAGGGAGAGGGGACACAGGCGUUGAGGAAGAAGGGGGGUCAGACGGUAGAAGACUUGGGGGGAAAGCAGGUGAAGCGUUCGAUGAAGGGGCCUGAGAAGUCGGAGAACGAUUGUCGGGCGAAAGAGGAGAUGGACCGGGCAAAGGAAUCCAGGAAGACGGAGAAUAUGGUGAGAGGUUGGGACAAGGAGUCAAAGAGGACGGAUAAGAGUGGGGAUAGGAAGGCAAAGAACACUAACAAACAGCAUGCCAAGAUGAUGAAGAGAAUCGAUGAACAACUCGCCAAGUCGAUGCGGAUGAUUGAAAUGGAGUACAAGAGGUCGAUGGAACAGAUUGAAAGAUUGCCUGGACUGGGGCUGCCGAAGAAAGGGAACCCGGUCUGA